AUUUAAGUAAGAAGGUUGUUUAAAAAAUACUGGAAGAGUAAUAAUUACUGUACGGACUAUUUUUGGAUACAUAUCGGUUAAGAGAAGCUUUUGAAAGUGGUGGUUUACGAUGGCAACGACACAAAGAAUACGCGUCGGAGGUGGCUUCAAAUAUGUGGAAGUAAAAGAUAAAAACCAACGUGAACAGCAAGGGGCUAAGCUAAAGGUCACAUACGACCCUGAAAUCACUGACAGACGGACAGGGGGUGGUGACAUCGACGGGCGUUACGCCAGAAAGACCCCGAGAGAGUUAAAGAGUAAUUUAAGAUCAACUUCGAAAAAUAACAAAGAAAUGACCACGACUAGACUGCCACAUAUUGAUAACAAAAAUCGCUCCAUGGUGUCAAAAGCCACUUACUCAACAAGUUCGUAUGAAAUAGAAACGGAGUCAGAAAAAGAAGAUUUUGGAAAUGAAAAGGAUUAUUAUUACAGCAAGGAGCAUGAUGAGUUCGAUCACCCGUUUCUUGUAUUACGAGAACAGACGGCCCUGAAUUUGAAGAAAACUCGAGGACGACCGAAAAAAACAAGUUUAGAAAGGUCUGCUGUAUACGACGCCAACCCGAUUUUACGUUACGUUGACGAGAACGUGGUCGGCAAGGAUCUCGUCAUUGAAACUCCGUUCGGAAGCAGAAACGUUGUCUACUGUGACUACACAGCAUCAGGAAGAUGUCUGGAUUUUAUCGAGGACUACAUCAGGACGAAGGUGAUGCCGACCUAUGCCAACACCCAUUCUACGACGGGACACAACGCCCGGCAGACCGGAAAGUUCCGCGAGGAAGCAAGGAGCAUCAUAAAAGAAUGCGUGAACGCGAGCACCGACGACGUGGCCAUAUUCACCGGGAGUGGGGCCACGUCAGGGAUGCACAAGAUUGCAUGGGCUCUUCGUAUUAACAUGCCAAAGGUCGCCGCUGAUACGGCUGUCAUCACAGGACCAUAUGAACACCACUCGAACAUUUUGCUGUGGCGGGAACUUGGGACCAAGGUCAUCCGGAUACGCCUUGAACCGGAUACUGGUCAGAUUGAUCUUAAUCAACUUCAAGAGGAAUUGCAGUUCUGGAAGGAAAAGCGUCGUCUGCUUUUGGUAUGCAUGUCGGCGGCCAGCAACGUAACGGGCAUUAUCACAGACGUUGACGCCGUUGCCCGCAUCGCUCACCAGAACGGAGCCCUCGCCAUAUUCGACUACGCCGCGGGAGGUCCAUACAUGAAAAUCGACCUAAAUCCAUCAAAGACAGAGUACAAGGAUGCUGUGAUAUUAAGUCCUCACAAGUUCGUAGGCGGUCCCGGAACACCAGGAGUUAUUUUAGCGAAGAAAUGGAUAUUCAGAAACAGUGUUCCAGAACGAGUCGGCGGAGGAACUGUUAGAUUUGUGACUCGCGAGACUCACACCUAUGUGGGGAAUAUUGAGGAACGAGAGGAGGGGGGAACUCCUGCCAUAAUCGAAUCCAUUCGUGCUGGUAUCGUCUUCAAACUGAAGGAGGAGAUCGGAGUGGAUGUCAUUCACGCCAGAGAACAGGAAUUAUGCAAUCGUGCUUUCGCGGUCUGGGAAAGAAACCCAAACCUGUAUGUGAUGGGAAGUCACACGGCGGAGCGGAUACCCAUCUUUUCGUUCGUUGUGUUCAAUCAAGAAACUGGUCGUUUCGUACACCACAAUUUCGUCUCCACGUUGCUAAGCGACCUGUAUGGAAUACAGGCAAGAGGUGGUUGCGCAUGCGCGGGACCGUAUGCGCAGGACCUACUAGGAUUGUCAUCCGCAAUGGGAAAGAAAAUGCUGAUGUUUCUGACGGAAAAACCACAGAGGAAAGACAAGGAAAAGCCACAACAACAAGCUCUGGAUAUUAUAAAACCAGGAUUCUCGCGAAUUAAUUUGUCCUAUUUUCUGGACAACGAAACAGUAGAUUUCGUCAUCGAGGCUGUGGACACCGUAGCCAGACAUGGAUGGAAGCUAUUACCAGAGUACACAUUCGACCCCCACACGGGCGACUGGAAGAACAAAUCGUUCUCAAACACGAUGGCAAGUCAGCUGGAGAGCUUGACGCUAUUCGACCCAACAGGGACCCCCGAGAUGGACAAUAAACCGAAGAGAGCUAUGGACUAUCAGGCUGUCCUAGACGAAGCAAAGAAUAUCAUAGAAGCAGCGGACGUCGCGUUCAAGCCGCGGAUGAAGUCAGCGUCAUUGGGCCUCCGAGAAUCUAUGCCGAAAGACAAGAGACGCUUGCGAUGGUUCAUAACACCGCACGAGGCAGCCGUCCUGCUCGCCGACAAGGAUGAAACAUGGCUUGACAGAAAACCUUACGACAUGCCAUUCGAUCUACCACAUCUGCCCAACCGGUUUCCAAUCGAUGAUGAUGACAAUGAUGGGUAUGCCAGUAGCACAGAAGAAGAAGCUAUUGUACCGCCCGCCUCAUACCGUGACAAAUACAAGGAAACCAAAGACACAUACAGAGGUAGAACUGAUAAGUUUAAGGAAAGAUUUGAAAGAGAAAAGAAUACGAAAAACAGGGAAAGAGAUAAUGUAGUGAAGAAUAAGCAAGAUAAAGAACACAAUGAAAGAUACAAAACGAAAAUAGAUCGGCAUAAUGACAUGAAUGAUAGAGACAGAAACACAAACAAGACAGUCAGGGCAAGAGGGCAAAGUGAAAGCAGAGUAAAGGGGUAUAGUGAACAAUAUCACGACCAGCGUGGAUACAAUUCAGAUACCGAUGAUAGCUGGGGACACAAUCCAGACAAUUCUAGGAGAAACCAAGGCGGUUAUACCAAGAUAAAUGCUACCAAAGCAAAGUACAAAAAAUACCAAGACGCCCUUAACAAGUCUCAAAAUCGAUCGGAUUCUUAUCGGGCAAAGAGAGAAGAAGCCUUUGAGAAAAUUGAAACUCAUCGCUCCAGAAAAAGUGUUGAAAGUGAUGACUAUUUGGGAGCGACAAGUCGAUCUUUACCAGAGAGGAAGGAAAGAGUGCAAGUUGAAACAACGCGGGGCUACUCUGACUCUGAAUAUCAGGCAAGGGCUAGCUUUAACACGAUGCCCCGGAAGAGAGAAAGAGCGCCACUGCCGAAAUACAAGCGACAAUAAGUGGGAGAAUAUCGCAUUUAACAGAUACAGUGCUAGUUUUCAAAAACCAUCGUAAGUCAUUUUUAGCUGAAGUCACUUUCUUAAUUUAGGUAUUUCAAUGGGCAUUUGGUUUAUAAAAAAAACUUAAUAAUAUCUGAAAUACAUGGUUGUCUUCAGGGGCGGGUCGUUUGAGGGGGUGCAACUUCGGGGCGUAACCAAAUUUGGUUGAAAGUGUUUGCAGGGGUGUUUCGGGGUACUAUCCAAGAAAAUUGGUGCAUUUUGGAGUAUUUCUCAAACACUGAAUUAAAAAGUAAACUUUGACGAGUCUAGGUGGAGGGAGCCCCCUGUAUCCGCUUGUGGUCUUAUACCUUAUUGAUAAAAAAAACCAUAAUUUAAUAUUAAAAUCAGAUCCAUAUUUCUUUUUAUUUGAGUAUAUACAUUUUAGGAAAGCGACUUAAGUUAGAAAAUGACUUCAGCUGCUUUAUGAAUACGGAACAGGUACA